CGGCGGCCGGGCGGGCGGCGGGAGCCGGAGGAGGAGCCGCCGCCGCCAGCGCCGCCAUAGAGACUGUAGCCGUGGAGACUGUUACUUACCAACGGGGACCAACACGCAGCCGCCGCCGCGGGAGCCUCUGCCCGAACUCCCGGCCCGAACUCCAGACCUGAGCAUGCAGAGCUCGGAGGGUGGAUCCGAUUCCCCGGCAUCCGUAGGCCUGCGCCCAGCAGCAGCUGCCCAGCCUGUGCCAGCGUCCCCACAGAGGGUGCUGGUCCAGGCCGUGGGUGCGGCACCCAAGGGGGCCCCGAUGCAGCCCCUUGCCCUGCCCAGAGUCCAGCUCGUGCCGCAGCAGGUGCAGCAUGUGUACCCGGCGCAGGUGCAGUAUGUGGAAGGGGGGGACGCUGUCUACACCAAUGGAGCCAUACGAACAGCCUAUGCCUACAACCCCGAGCCUCAGAUGUAUGCCCCCAGCAGCGCAGCCUCUUAUUUUGAGGCUCCAGGUGGUGGCCAGGUGACGGUGGCAGCCUCGUCCCCGCCAGCUGUCCCCUCCCACAGCAUGGUGGGCAUCACCAUGGAUGUUGGAGGGAGCCCCAUUGUGUCCAGCACGGGAGCCUACCUCAUCCACGGGGGGAUGGACGGCACAAGACACUCCCUGGCCCACACUGCCCGGUCCUCGCCAGCCACGCUUGAAAUGGCGAUUGAAAACCUCCAAAAAAGCGAAGGAAUCACACCACACAAAAGCGGCUUACUCAACAGCCAUCUCCAGUGGCUGCUGGACAACUAUGAAACGGCAGAGGGUGUGAGCCUGCCGCGGAGCUCCCUCUACAACCACUACCUGCGCCACUGCCAGGAGCACAAGCUGGACCCGGUCAACGCCGCCUCCUUUGGGAAGCUCAUCCGCUCCGUAUUCAUGGGGCUGCGCACGCGCCGCCUGGGCACCAGGGGCAACUCCAAGUACCACUACUGCGGGAUCCGGCUGAAGCCCGACUCCCCGCUCAACCGGCUGCAGGAGGACACGCAGUACAUGGCCAUGCGGCAGCAGCCGGCACACCAGAAGCCCAGGUACCGGCCUGCCCAGAAGACAGACAGCCUCGGGGACAGCAGCUCCCACAGCAGCCUGCACAGCACGCCUGAGCAGGCCAUGGCCACCCAGAGCCAGCACCACCAGCAGUACAUAGAUGUCUCCCACGUGUUCCCGGAGUUCCCAGUGCCUGACCUGGAUGGCGAGCACCUCCAGGGGAGUGUCACACCACGCGACAUCAAGGCCCUACAGCUGGUGUACAGGCGGCAUUGUGAGGCCACCCUGGAUGUCGUCAUGAACCUCCAGUUCCACUACAUUGAGAAGCUGUGGCUGUCCUUCUGGAACUCCAAGGCAUCCCCCAGCGAUGGCCCCACCGCCCUCCCUGCCAGCGAUGAUGAGGGUGACAGCGCCGCCAUGCUCCCGAAGGACAAGCUCAUCUCACUGUGCAAGUGUGACCCCAUCCUCAAGUGGAUGCGGGGCUGCGACCACAUCCUCUACCAGGCGCUGGUGGAGGUCCUUAUCCCGGACGUGCUGCGGCCCGUCCCCAGUACCCUGACCCAAGCCAUCCGCAACUUUGCCAAGAGUUUGGAAGGCUGGUUGACAAAUGCCAUGAGCGACUUCCCGCAGCAGGUCAUCCAGACCAAGGUGGGCGUGGUCAGCGCCUUUGCGCAGACGCUGCGGCGAUACACGUCACUCAACCACCUGGCGCAGGCGGCGCGGGCCGUGCUGCAGAACACUUCCCAGAUCAACCAGAUGCUCAGCGACCUCAACCGCGUGGACUUCGCCAACGUGCAGGAACAGGCCUCGUGGGUGUGCCAGUGCGAGGAGAGCGUGGUGCAGCGGCUAGAGCAGGACUUCAAGCUGACCCUGCAGCAGCAAAGCUCGCUGGAACAGUGGGCCAGCUGGCUGGACAACGUGGUCACGCAGGUGCUCAAGCAACAUGUGGGUAGCCCCAGCUUCCCCAAGGCUGCCCGCCAGUUCCUGCUGAAGUGGUCCUUCUACAGCUCCAUGGUGAUCCGAGACCUGACGCUGCGCAGCGCCGCCAGCUUCGGCUCGUUCCACCUCAUCCGGCUGCUCUACGACGAGUACAUGUUCUACCUGGUGGAGAACCGGGUCGCCGAGGCCACGGGGGAGACGCCCAUUGCAGUCAUGGGAGAGUUCAGCGACUUCGCCUCCCUGUCGCUGACGCUGCUGGACAAAGAGGACAUGAGUGACAGGCACAGCAGCGAGGCUGACACGGAUGCCCACAGCCUGGGCGAGCCCAUGGUGAAGCGAGAGCGCAGCGACCCCAGCCACCAGCUGCAGGGCAUCUAGCACCUUCUAGAGCUUCCAGAAGGUGUGGCCGGCCUCUGGGAAGCAGGACUCCCUGGCUGCCUCUCCUGCACUGUGCCUCUAAGUGAUGUGAUGUUUACGCUGAGAUAUGUGGUACCCUCAGCCGCUGGGAGGCAGGAGGAAGGACGGCCUCUCCCCGCCAAGCCCUGCCCUGUGGGCAGCUGCAGAGCGCACUGGCCCGGGGGUCCCCUCGGGAUGGGAUGCGGAGUCCUGGCCCCAUGAGCCCAGGUAUGCUGAGGCAGGAGCCCCCUCUCCACAUGCCAAGGCUGGGACAUGGGACAGAUCCACAGCCUGAGAACCAAGAAGCCACAAAACCCGGCCCACGUGUGACUAAACUAUCAAAACCAGAGGUGAUCGGCAGCAGCAAGUGUCCAGGCUUCUGUCCAAGUUCAUUGCCAAACUGCUGGGUCUGGAACGGCCUUGUUCCAGGAGCCGGCGGGGGUCAGGGUCAUCGGCCAUCUUCUGCCACAGCAGUGCUGGGCCCAUGGAGUCUUCCAGAACACCCCCCUCUAAUAAGCCAUUUGGAAGUGCUGAGCCCAGCAAGUCCCAGCCUGCCCUCUUCCAAGUCCCAGCUCUUCUCUAGGGAGACACAGAUGCCAAGGACCCGCUCAGCCCUGAGCCACGGACACUCCGGGACUGCAGCUGUGGCAGCUAUGCCACGCAGGACCUCUGUCCCCACACACAGAGCAGGCCUCUAGCCUAAGAGGCGCCGCCUAAUGAAAUGCAAUAGUUUCCCUUUUUGGAAAAAUGUUUUGCUGAUAGUUUUGUGCUGUAAUUGUUCUUAGAAGGUUUCUUAGGAACGUGUUCACUGCAGCAUAUCAAGUCCCCAAGGUUUUGUUCUCAUUCACACACAAGGUACAAAUGGAACUCACGUGGCCUUUGAAACCUCUGCCCUCACUCAGGGUGCAAUGGGGAGGGAAGGAUGCACACUUGUUUUCCAACAAAAAGUCCAUAAUGAUUGUGCUGUUUGUCUGGUCUAAUAGUGCGAGGCAAGAGGAGGGGCUCCAGUGUGCCUCCCCACCCCCCGCCAGCCCAGUGGAUGCAAUGGCAACACAGCCUCAGCACUUACUCCCCAUGGGGACCCACAGACAGGCUCUGCUGCUCCUCUGGGUGCUCCCCACCCCACUCAGCAGCCUCCCCCAGGGGAGCAGGGAACACCCGCAAUCCAGGAGUCCCCAGCCAGCGGAGGCAGGAAAAGGAGACCGGGGUCUGUGUCUCCAUCUGCAGAUGGACACCUCCCCAAAAGCAGAGCAAGCAGACACCCCCAUGACCUUCCCCCACA